AUGGCUGCUGCACAUGAAGAAGGCGCGCCUCCACCGCACAACGACCACUUUAUCGCGGUCCACACCCCUAAAGUCAGCGCCGCGAGCAAGAAAAUGCUCGUCGACGUGCCCAAGAUGGGACUCACGUGGAACAUCGAGUCGGUCACUGUCGAGAUUCAGAAAAACCGCACGGAAAAGUUCACCAAAACGAUCCUAAAGGACGUCAAGGGCGAAGCGCAACCAGGUCAAAUGAUAGUCAUCAUGGGGCCGUCCGGCGCCGGCAAGUCGUCUCUUCUCGACGUCAUCGCGGGCCGAAACUUAAAGUAUCAAGGCUCUGUGCUCGUCAACGGCCAGCCGUGGAACCAGAGCAUGAACCGCCGUGCGUGCUACGUCAUGCAAGACGACAUCUUUUAUUACACGCUGACCGUGAAAGAGCACUUGAUGUUUCAAGCCGACUUGCGCAUGGGCAAUGCAUCGUCGCCGACCGAGCGGGCGGAGCCUCGGCCUCAAAAGAGCCAAGACACGCCGAUCGGGAACGAAGCGAACCGCGGUAUCUCGGGCGGCGAGCGCAAGCGUCUGAGUUUCGCGACCGAGCUUCUCACCAACCCGUCGCUUUUGUUUGUCGACGAGCCGACGUCGGGUCUCGACAGCUACAUGGCCGAGUCGGUCAUGUUGCAGCUCCAAAAGCUCGCACAAGAAGGGCGCACGGUCCUAGCGACGAUCCAUCAGCCGUCGUCCGAAAUUUUUGCUCUCUUCGAUCGUCUCUACCUUCUCUCGAAUGGCCGCACCGUCUACAGCGGGAAAGCCUCCGAGUCGGUCGCGUACUUUGCCGCGAUGGGAUACCAAUGUCCGACGUACAUGAACCCGACGGACUACUUUAUGCGACAAAUCAUUGUCUUGGACCUUGAGAGCCCCGAUGCGGCGCGGGUGGCUGCGAUCGCCGACGCGUGGGCAACGAGGGCAAUCGCGCCGACGGUACCCAGUGACGCGCGGGCACUCGAUGCGAGCAUGGAAGAGUACAAGGAGACGCGAUUGGGACUUUUGGGGCAACUCCGCGUCCUUUGCCAGCGCAACUUGCUGCGUAUAGUGCGCGACAAGAUCGCGUUCAAAGCGCGCUGCUUCCAGAGCCUCUUCAUCUCGGUCAUUGUCGGUCUCGUGUACCUCAACUUGACCCUGUCGCAAACGGGGCUCCAAAGUUUCUCGGGUGUCCUCUUUUUCAUCUCGAUCAACCAAGUGUUUUCGAGUGCCAACUCUGAGUUCAUUUCCGUGCCGUUGGAGCUGCCCAUCAUGCUUCGCGAGUGGAACGCGGCCUUGUACCGGUCGAGCACGUGGUACUUUGCCAAGAACAUUUCCGAGGUCAUCUUCCAGCUCUUCUUCCCGAUGCUCUUUUGA